UCCCUGGCCGGGAUUAUCACCGUGAUGCCUCCGAAAACGAGGGCAGUCUUCGAACCACUGCCCCCUCACCUAGACGUUGACGACAUAGUGAAGGGAACUCCAAGUUUCGAGUUUGCCAAAAGCAUCACAUGCAACUCAAUCGACGAACAUCCUCGGGAAGAUCUUGAGGAGUUCGUUCUCCUUUACGUUGUGCGGCUAGGAAUACCGCUACAACGCCACGAAGUUCACCAUGCUAGGGAUCUCGGGAGAGGAUCUAACCUUGAGAUGUCCUUCGGGCAUUAUCUGAACAAUAUGCGGCUCCUGGCGGAGCAGUUUACCUCGACUCGAUAUAAUGAUCGAGGCAAUGAUCGAGACCCUGCCAACAGACUACAACGAUUAUAUUUGAAAGACAUUGAUUGUCCAAAUGAAUGGCGCCAAUCGCUGGAACAAUUGAUCCCGCCGGCAUUUUUCUACCUGAAUCAAUCCCCCAAGCCCUUUGGUGGCCCGGGUUCCAAAAAUUGCCAGGUGUCACAAUACAUGAGCACACCGCAAGGCGAGCCGAUCGCCCGGGCAGGUGACCUCAUGAGCAGUCUUCCGGUCGAGAUGCAAGCCCAGAACCUCAUGUGCUACAUCGGACAUGAAGGAACAUACACACCAGCACACCAGGAGAUGUGUGCUAGUCUCGGGCAUAAUUUGAUGGUCGAGGCUUCCGAUGGGUCUUUUAGCAAAGGAAAAGCUACCAGGCCGGGCUCUUCUAUCUGGUUCAUGACCGAGACCAAAGACCGCCAUCUGGUCUCCGAAUAUUGGAUGUCGACACUAGGCCACGAUAUCGACUUGGAAGAUCACUUUGCCCAGUUGAGCGCCUGGAGAGGCGCUCCGUUCACGACGUAUGUGGUUGAGCAAAAGCCGGGAGAUCUGAUCCUGAUUCCGCCUCUCGCCGCCCAUCAAGUCUGGAAUCGCGGAACCCGAACAAUGAAGGUGGCCUGGAACCGGACAACGAUCGACACGCUAGAGAUGGCGUUAGAUGAGGCCCUGGCUCAUGCGCGACUGGUCUGCCGCGACGAGCAGUACAAGAACAAAGCAAUUAUUUUCUUCACCCUUGAGAAGUAUUCAAACUUGCUACAGCAUGUUGGGGACAUCAAUCACCCGGAAGUCCGGCUUCUCCAAAACGACUUUGAGCGAUUAUUCGUUCUGUACACCGAUAUUCUGCUUUCGGAGAGUUUCUCGAAAACGCAGCCUGCAGAAAAGAACACCGAGUUUGUUAAAUUUGACGGGAAUAUCACUUGCUCCUAUUGUCGAUGCAAUAUCUUCAAUAGGUUCCUCACCUGUCCGUCUUGCAUUGGACCCGAAGAUGAUACCUAUGAUAUCUGCAUGGACUGCUACGUAUUCGGCCGGAGCUGCGCCUGCAUUUCAAAUCUCAAUUGGGUGGAGCAAUUUCGCUGGAAAGACCUCACCAGCCGUCAUGAAACGUGGCGGCAGCAAAUCCUUGCUUACAAGAGAGAUAAAAACGAUCUCAAAGUCAGGGUCCCAAGCCUUAUCGUGGCUCGCGGUCAACUAGGUCGAAAAACGAUUGCGGAGAUCUGUCAGGAGCAGCUACUCGUGCGACCCUGGGUGGAUUGCAGCAAACCCAAGCCACAGGAGCUGAAAAAAGCAAUCCCAAACGAGCAAGAUCCUGAUUCUGAAGAUAGUACCCAAGCUAGGAAGCGAAGAAGAACCAGUCGCGGGAAAUCCAAUUCAGAAAAGAGUGGUCGUUGCCAUAUGUGUCGGAAUGCCGAAUACCCCUGGAAAAUGGCAUCGUGUGACAAAUGCAAAUUGCAGUACUGCUAUGGUAGUCUGUUCCGAGCUUUUGACAUUUCACCUCAGGAUGCCAUGGAUCGCCCCCAUUGGCUGUGCCCCAAGUGUCAGAAAAAAUGUAAUUGUACACUGUGCAGAAAGGAUCCCACAAUGAACCCUCAUGAGCCCUACAAUAUCCUAUUGGGCCAUGAUACUCGAAAGAUUGCGGAUCCACGCAGUGUCGAGUCAUUGGUCAACCUGCGAGUGUCGAACAGAUCACUGCUCAGGCAGUUCGGUGAUGAUACUGCUCGUCGACUGGAGCGUCUGCAGCAUGAUGCAGAGCAACAGCGCGAUCAGCACCUGAGGGACAAUGACAUCCAUGUGGGAUUCAGUGUUUCUUCGCCCAUGGAUCCCAGCCCCGAUUACUCCGGCUUAUCGACAAACGGGAGUCCCGAAGGAAUCAUUCCGGUAGAUCCGGCAUUGGGCCUUGACUCGUCUUUCUUGUAUCUGGACCAGGGUGCACAGGAGCAAAGUGAUGAAGGAGGAAAUACUUGUACAACGUCCGAGAUGGGCAAAGGGGUGGAUUGA